AUGCGUGUAAUUAGCGAAUCCAUCUUGCUCGGCAAAGCAGAGUUGCUCGCCUGGGCUGCCAGCGUCACUGGCAUCUCUCCCUGCGACAAGUACGGCGACCUUAAGGAUGGGCUCAUCUACCUCGCCUUGACACGGCAGCUUUUCCCUGAUGAGAUCGACAACGCUAUUGUGCGCCUACAGCGGCGCGGUACCCGUGAUGCUGCCAAGAACUGGUCUCUGCUCAUCAGUUGCCUUCGGCGCCAUGGGAUCCCGACCCACUUGUGCAGUCAACAGGCUGUUGAGCGCGGGCACACACGGUACUGCUUCAACCUGCUGGUUCUCUUUUACUUCCUAGUGCGCUUAGCCCGUGGCCAUCAGUUCGCUGUUGACUUUGCACAGCCGGUAGAUCCUCAGCUAGCCGCCUUCCUGCAGUCCCCCGAAAGCGUGCUCGCCGUGGAGCGCAGAACGGAUAUGGGUUUCAGCGAGUGCAGCAGCAGCAACACGGGUGUGUUCGCCAUAGACGAGGAGGAGUCACGUGGACAAGCGGACUCUGGGGCCCCGCGCAGCGUUACACGUUUGUCAUCUCCUCCAUCGGUCGCCACAGCGCCCACGACGGCGACGCCGGCGGCGCCGUUGCGACUGCCUCUCCGCUCUACCGCUUUAUCAGCUGACACUUCUUCAAAUCACCUCGCCCCACCGCCGCGGUGGAUGCGGACACACGAGCAGAGCUCGGCACGGGCUUUUCAGGAUGCCGGUGCUUGGUGCGCACCUAGCAGGUGCAGCAAUAGGGGCACGGAGGCUUCGAAGCACUCGCCACGCGGGGCUUUCGACUCGACGUUAGUCCAUGGCGCGGCACGCGCACCUGCCACUUCUGGUGGCGAGCUCGUCAUGGCAACGCUGCCGCCUCCAUCCACUCUCUUGCGCCCCUUUCCAUCCACUGCGUGCACUCCUCACCUUUACACGCAGAACCAGCUGCUGAGGGAAGAGCUGCAGCACGUUAAGGCAGUCAGCCAGCUGCUCCUAACGCAGCAGCGCGGGUCGGAGGCGGCGGUCGAGAUGCGCGCGUCUGCCACUCUGCACAGUCAGCUAGCAAAGGCAGAGCUCGACCAUCUACACGCCAUUCGGCAGUUGGAGGUGACACUGACAGCGGCGUCAGUGCACGAUGGCGGCGCCAACGCUGCACCGUCGCCACAACAAUGGGCCGCACUUGCGCAGCGAGCGGAGGCUGCAGAGGCCACUGCCGUUCAACUGUAUCGCGAAUAUCACGAAAGUCAGCAAGUGUACGACUCCACGCUGCAGCAGCUUCGUCAGGUGUUCUGCUCCAUCGCGGAUAUCGCAGCAGCGGCUCUCGCGUCAGUGCCAACCAACUCUGACAGCGCAGAUGCUGCCGCGUACGAGGAGACCGUGACAGCUGCGAUGAUGGCGCAACUCACCGGCGUGCCCGCUAUGCGAAAGGAUGCAUUUUGUGCACAGAUGCGAGCGCUGCUACUGACGCUGAGCAGCCUACGUAGCUCGAAUGCGCGUCUUCAGAUGGAUGCAGCAUCAGUGCCGCCCUAUUGUGGCACCGGCGAUGCGAGCAGAGAUUGCGCGUCGAGCUUCAGCGUCUUGCACGCAUCCUCUUCUCUCCCAUUCGAGCAAGAAAGUCUCAAGACGGCGUGCGCAGAGGCCCGCAGCGCCUGCCACGGUGCAAACCCGGUCGUGCAGCGCGCCUUAAACCGCCUCACGCGUCUUGUCGACAUCCUCAGCAGUGCCCUUGACGCGGCGCACCAGGACCGAGACAGGUGGGAGCAGCGGUGCCGGCGCGCGGAAACCGCUACCGCCGAAGCCGAUGAAGCCUCACAGGGAGCGCGUGCAGAGGGUGAGGCGCAGCGGCAGCAGGACUUGGCAGCGCAAGCCCAUCAGGAGGUGAGCCAGAGUCUCUGCAAUCGGGUACAGGAGGUACUCGCCAUGGCGUUCUCCACAGCUGGAACCCACGAAGUGCAGUGGGCAAGCGAUGAGCUGGUCGCGUUGCUAGGCGCAUACGUCAGAGAACGAGCAUCGAAUCCGGCCAUGGAAGCAGCACUUGCUGAGCAAGCCGAAACCAUAGCUGCGUUGCGGGCAGAUCUUCGGCAGCAGCGGGAAGCGUGGGAGCGAGCAGAGGCGCAGUUGAGCGAUGGCGAGCGACGACGACAGGUGCUGGAGCACAAGAGUGACGCACUACAGGCCCAGCUUCGCAGCGCCACCGAGAAGCUCGGAACGCAGAGGAAUGACUCUCAAGUGCACACAGCAACGCUGCACCGCACGCUGCUGGAACAAACCUUCACUCCUUCAUCGGCUGCACUCGCUAGUGCACCGCUCGCAGAACCUUCCGCGGCUCCCACACGUGGCACACAAGAGCACAUUGCAGCCAGUGGCGCGGCACCGUUGACGGAUGCUUCUCGCCACGCAGAGAGCACGCCGUACCGUAGUACAGCUCAUUCGCUGUACUCUUCACUUCACCUGCCCGGCGCCUUGCGCUCCCCCGCUACGUCCGAUGACGAAAUGGAUGAUGCCGAGGAGCGCCGUCUAAUCGAUCACCACCGCUUUCACAGCGGUUUGCACAACCAACACGUGUCACCGUCGCCUUCUCCUUCAACCUCGGCCUCGUUGCCUUCCUCUAGAGCCACCACGGCAGAGGCUGAUGUACCGAGAGGGGUAACAACGGAACGGGUCGUUGCGAGGGCCGGCCUAGCUGCGCCGACUGUUUCGCCAGCCAGAAGCCUGCGGUCAUCGACGGAUCACCCCUCAGCUGCCUCGGGCCCGUCGCUCUUGCUGUCAGCGGCGGAGCUUGAGCGGCGGAAGCAAGCGAUCUUGCGCAAGUACGACGUUGCAUAA